AUGAUAUACCGGCAACAAACGAUCGCUAGAGAAAACUUCUCCGUCUACUCGAGUGCAGUACCGUACACGCUCGAUACAAUCAAGUUACCCCGCAGCCCCGAGCCAUUUUUCCGUAAGUCCAAUCCCUCCUCCAGAUUAUCACCCGUUUAUGUAUUUUACCCUCAGUCGAACAGUACCAUACGCGGAACUGACCGUUGAUCGCCCGCCAACUUGGCAACUUCCUAUCAAUUGUGGGAUAUUGCACCGGUUGUAAUGUACUAGCGCAGUACUGGUAUGCAUAGCAGCCGAUGCUCAUUAGCCAGGGUUGCUCCGAUGGCCCACCGCCCCGGGCCUUCUAUUCUUCCAGAGCUCGCGGAGACCGGAACGGACGCUACAGGUUAUUAUCCACCCCCUAGUACCGUAUAGUAUAGUACAAGUACCAGCUCUAAGAAGGAAUAAUGCUUCCCUGACACGAUUUAUCCUGCGAGUCCUUUGGACAUGUUGGAUUCUAUUAACUUGUGUUUCACAAUUCUGUUAAUUGCCAAACCAAGCCUAUCGGGGGCUAGCGCGGCGGUUUCAGUCGGUACCGGCAUGGUGCCCGGGGCGACAAGGGGGAGGUGUGAACGAGUGCUCGAGUACAGUACAAGCAACUCCCCUAACCGCAUAGUAGUUUGCGUGAAAUCAUUGAAUUCAUCGUGGUUCUAGACACCAUCAAAAUAGCUGAGUCGACUGAAUUCUGCGAAUCAAAAAAAUUGGAGUGGGGCGGGGUCACACACUUCCCCUCCACGGUUUCUAGCACCAUAAUCUGAUAUCGAAUCGGAGGAGUUUUCACGGUAUUGGAGCGGAGGCUCUCAUCCGUUCUCCGGAAACACCGUGAUUAUGGUGGGCUGAUCGGUUACAUCAGCCAUCUUCUCACUGGUCAGCCCAGCAAGCAUAUCAGGGAGUUGCUGAGCUCACGAGGUGAGACCAGCACUAGUAAGUUUGUUGAUCGAUUGGAAAGACGAUCCCUAGCUCGGUUCCCUCUCUCCCAGCCCACUCCCAGUCUCAACCAUCG